AUGGGGAAUCAGUGGGGUUUGGGGCUCCAAUUUAUUAUUGUAACUAUUAUUAUGGUUGCAACCACAAAUACUUGUUUUGGGGCUCGCAAUAUAAAUAGCACGGUGGCUUGCUUUGAGCAUGAGCGGCUAGCUCUUCUCAAAUUCAAACACAGUGUCAGAGAUGACCAUGAUUUGUUGUCAUCAUGGGUUGGAAAUGAUUGUUGCCGCUGGGAAAGAGUCAUGUGUGAUGGUGUCACCGGACACGUUGAUAGUCUUCAUCUUGAACCUCGUAGUCAUCCUUUUUUUCAAAAAGGCUUGGUUGGUACAGAGUUGAGCACUUCUUUAGGAGAGUUGAGGCAUCUUAAAUACUUGAACUUGAGUCGGAAUGAUUUUCAAGGAAGUCAGAUCCCUGACUUCAUUGGAUCCUUGAAACAACUAACUUAUCUCGAUCUUUCUAAAGCAGAGUUUUCGGGAAAUAUUCCUCGUCACAUUGGAAAUUUGUCUAAUUUAAAAAGUCUUGAUCUCAGUUAUAAUGAUAAUCUUCUGAUCUCACAUGAUAUGGAUUGGAUUUCUGGCCUUUCGUCACUUGAGCAUAUUGACUUGAGUUCUGUGAAACUUAUUAGAUUAAAAGUCCUUGAUGUGGUGCUUUACAUGGCUCCAUCAGUAAAAGUGUUAAGUUUGUCACAUUGUGGUCUUUUAAUCGAUGAUAGUGGUCCGCUUCGUAAUCUGAGCACUACACUUUCCAACGUCAAACACCUAGAUCUUAGUGAUAAUAUUUUCACAGGUAAACUCCCCCACUUUUUUCAAAACAUGACAUCCCUACAAUUCCUGGAUCUUUCAUCCUUUCCUCUUGCUGCAUCCAACUUUGCAAACUUGCUAAGCAUGAUUCCUUCUUUAUUAGAGCUCCACUUGUCAAAUUGUCACCUCAAUGAGACGCAUCUAUCUCAUAUUCUUCAUAAUCUUACUACCCUUUCUAACAUCCAACAUUUAGAUCUAUCUUCAAACACGUUAACAAGUUCAAUUCUAGAAUCUCUGACAAAAUUAAAAAUGUUACAAGUGUUAGAUCUAUCUUAUAACGACUUAAUGGGUCCCAUCCCGACAUUCCUUGGGAAACUUACGGAACUUUACCUUUCUGGUAAUGGCUUGAGCGGUUCAAUUCCAGAAUCCAUCGGGAGAUUUGCUGCUUUAACAUCUUUGUAUGUAAACAACAAUAAGUUAAGUGGGACUAUUCCAGAUUCAAUUGGGCAGCUCUCUAAACUCCAGUUUCUUGAUGUCUCUAGGAAUCGGUUAAUUGGGAGUAUUCCGGUUUCAAUUGGGCAGCUCUCUAAACUCCAGUUUCUUGAUGUCUCUUCAAAUCGGUUAAUUGGGAGUAUUCCGGUUUCAAUUGGGCAGCUCUCUAAACUCCAGUUUCUUGAUGUCUCUUCAAAUCGGUUAAUUGGGAGUAUUUCGAUAUCAAUUGGGCAACUCUCUGAACUCAGUACUCUUGAUAUCUCUAAUAAUUCUUUGGAAGGAGCAGUUUCUGAAUCCCAUUUAGCUAACCUUUCGAUGUUGGAGGACUUAAAUACAGCUUAUAACAAUAAGUUGGCUUUCAAUGUUUCACGUGAGUGGCUGCCUCCAUUCCAAUUAAUACGUAUUGAUCUUCGUUCUUGCAAGAUUGAAAACGAAUUUCCUCAGUGGCUUCAAAAUCAGAGGAAACUUCAUAGACUAGUGUUAUCUAAUACUACCAUUUCAGGACCUCUGCCCACAUGGUUGCGAAAGAUGCCCAUCAUUCCUUUCAUGGAUCUUUCCCACAACAACCUCAGCGGACCUUUAACCAACCUUCCUAUUGGGGUUACUAGUGUGGAAGACAAUGAGGAUUUCGCUCAACCAAGGUUAUUUCUUCAAAAUAACAUUUUCAGUGACUCGAUUCCAAGGUCCUUGUGCAGCAGGACAGAUUUACUUUAUCUUGAUCUUUCCAACAAUCGGUUAACUGGAGAAAUUCCCAAAUGUUUCAAGAAUCUGCAAAACCUGCAGUUCUUGAGAUUAAGCUCAAAUGGGUUAAGUGGUAUCAUUCCAAGUUUCAUAGGGAACAUUUCAUAUUUAUUCUCAUUAAACUUGAAUGAUAAUAACUUUAGUGGUGAGCUUCCUGCAGAACUUUGGAAUUUAAAUGAGUUAUGGGUCUUAGAUUUGGGUGACAAUGCAUUAUGCGGAAAAUUACCGGAAUGGAUUGGAGAAAAAAUUCAAUCAUUGUGGGUUUUCAGGUUACACAAGAAUAACUUCACUGGAGGAAUUCCUCAAUCUCUGUGCACAAAUAUAGAUCUUCAAAUUUUGGAUGUUGCUCACAACAGCUUAACAGGAACAAUCCCUGGUUGUCUAGGAGAAUUGCAAGGUAUGCGUAAUGGACAAGGUAUAUCUGUUGGUAGUGAUGUUGAGGAGGCAUUCAUUCAGGAUAUGAAAGGCAGUUCUUAUGAAUACACAAAUACAUGGAAUCAAGUAAAAAACAUAGACCUUUCAAGCAAUAAAUUCGUUGGAGAGAUACCUGUGGAAUUAACUACACUUUCUGAAUUGGUGGGUCUCAAAUUGGCCAAUAAUCAUCUUAGUGGAGGCAUUCCAGACAACAUUGGAAACACGAGAAUGUUAAUUUCUCUCGAUUUAUCAGGAAACGAGUUGGGCGGGCUGAUCCCUCCAAGCAUUACAAAUUUGAGUUUUUUGAGCCAUUUGAAUUUGUCAAACAACAAAUUGUCGGGCCGAAUUCCAACAGGAAAUCAAUUGCAGACCCUCACUGAUCCAUCAAUAUAUGCGGGGAACAAAGAUCUAUGUGGCCCUCCGUUGCUAAAGAAUUGCUCUAAUCCUGAUGACCCAACCAUAACUCCCAAUAAAAAGUAUGAAGCAGCUCAUGAGCCCAACAAGGUAUGGUUUUAUAUGGACAUAAUAUGUGGUUCUGCAACAGGCUUUUGGGGAGUUAUUGUAGUUUUGAUUUUAAAGAAGCAGUGGAGACAUAAGCUUUUCAUGUUUGCUGAGGAGUCCAUGGACAAGAUACACGUUGCGAUCAUGGUAAGAGUUAACAAGAUGAGGAGAGGAAGAGGAGCCAUAUAG